CUGGAUGUUGAUUUCCUGCGUUUGUAGCCCGGUUGGUCUCAAAGCUGAGCGAGCUCCGGAGGAGUAAGGGGGAAUUCUAGUACUUACUGCAGUAACCUGAUCAGGCCGACAAGAUGGCGAUGCAAGCGGCCAAAAGAGCGAACAUUCGACUUCCACCUGAAGUAAAUCGGAUUUUGUAUAUAAGAAAUUUGCCUUACAAAAUCACUGCUGAAGAAAUGUAUGAUAUAUUUGGGAAAUACGGACCUAUUCGUCAAAUCAGAGUGGGGAACACACCCGAAACUAGAGGGACGGCGUAUGUAGUCUAUGAAGACAUCUUUGACGCCAAGAAUGCAUGUGAUCACCUGUCAGGAUUCAAUGUUUGUAACAGAUACCUCGUGGUUUUGUACUAUAAUGCCAACAGGGCAUUUCAGAAGAUGGACACAAAGAAGAAGGAAGAACAGUUGAAGCUUCUCAAGGAGAAAUACGGCAUCAACACAGAUCCACCAAAGUAAAUGUUUUGUGCAUUUUCGUUUUGGACUGAAACCCCCGUGAAUCAUCGCCACUCCCCUUUUUUGGUUUUUAAUUAAUACAGAUCUUGUAAUUUCUUAUUUGAGGUUCCAAAUGACCUGCCUGAAACUUUGAUAAGUGUUAGAAGAUAUUAUUAGUAAACUUGUAGCUUUUUGCACAA